AUGGCCACCAGUCUCAUCGCACUCGGCAAGCCCAUGCUACAAUGCUGCCGUCUCGCCGAAAAGAACAACAGACACGCAGUGAUAAUCAACAACGACGUUGUGAUGUACGUCCAGAUCAAGCAGAACGCUCUUGUCGUUGACCGUGGGGUCGCGAAGCAACGAUCAAGAGGAUUGAAGGACGUGAUCAUGUGCGCGAUCGGUGAGUCGCAGUCACCAGAGACAACCGUGCAAAAAGGGAGCCACAUGAGCUUUCACCGGCGCUUCAGGCAACUGAACUACAACGACGUGAAGCGACUUACCGCGAACCCGGUAAAUCGACUCCAACUCACUGACAAAGUCCGGCAGUACUGCCUGAAAUGGGCUGAGGGCAAGCAUUCCAAGUCAGCACGGCCUUAG